AUGCUAUUUCGACGCCUGACAAUCAGCAGUGCCAAGUUGAUCUCGCGCCGUAUUUGCUUGACGGCGGCUCCUGAACCAUUUCCCGUAUGGAACACCACUCCGUUGUACACUAAGAUAUUCAUUAACAACGAAUGGCACGAAUCAGUCGAUGGCAAGACCUUUCCUACGGUGAAUCCUGCUACCGGUGAAACCAUCUGCCUUGUUCAAGAAGGCAAUGAGAAAGACGUCGACAAAGCGGUCGAUGCUGCAAACAAGGCUUUCGCGAGAGGAUCACCGUGGCGCACCAUGACACCAUACGAUCGUUCACGCCUCCUGCAUCGUCUGGCUGAUCUGAUCGAACGAGACAGGGUUUAUUUGGCGGUGAGACUAAAAUUCAGUCCAGUUAUGAAUUUAGACUAA